GCUCCACAACAGAGGAGCCGAGCAGCCGCCGUGGCCGGUGCGAGCCGGCUCACGCUGCAUGGAGGGCUGCUUAUAAAUUAUUCACCCUUUUUCCCCCCGUUACUUUGUUUCACCCCGUUGUGAGGAGAUGAGGGGACUCUUGCCGCUCCGCCGGGGGCUGCUCGCCCUGAGAGCGGGGCCGGUCUCGUCCCGCUGCGGGCUCUGCGGAGCCCCGUCCGGACCGCAGCUACAGCCAACGUUUGGGCUGUUGUUCGACAUCGAUGGGGUGCUCGUCCGAGGAAGAAUGCCAAUCCCCGCUGCAAAAAAGGCAUUUGAGAAGUUGGUCAAUUCUCAGGGACAGUUUGUGGUGCCAGUUGUCUUUGUCACAAAUGCAGGCAACUGCCUUCGACAAACAAAAGCCGACCAGCUCUCUCACAUCCUGGGAGUGCCUAUCACCCAAGAUCAAGUGAUCAUGUCCCACAGCCCUCUGAGGAUGUUGAAGAAGUUCCACGAUAAAUGCAUCUUGGUGUCGGGACAAGGGCCAGUCCUGGAAAUUGCCCAAAACGUGGGUUUUAAGAAUGUUAUCAGUAUUAACAUGCUGAGGGAGUCGUACCCAUUACUGGACAUGGUGGACCACAACAGGAGACCCAAACUGCCCUCCAAUCCUGUGCUCCAACAUCCUAAAGUUGAAGCUGUGGUUCUGUUCGGGGAGCCGAUUCGAUGGGAAACCAACCUGCAGCUGAUAAUGGACGUUUUGUUGACCGAUGGAAACCUCAGCAGCACGCACCAAACCAAAGCGAAGGCUCACCUCCCCCUCUUGGCCUGUAACAUGGACCUCAUGUGGAUGGCUGAGGCUAAUUCUCCACGGUUUGGCCAUGGGACGUUUCUUGUAUGCCUAGAGAACAUCUAUAAGAAGAUAACCGGCGAGGACCUGAAGUACGAGGCUCUCAUGGGGAAACCCAGCGAGCUGACCUACCACUUUGCAGAGUACAUCAUCAGGAGCCAGGCCUUGCAGAGACAAUGGAAGCAUCCCAUCACUACCCUUUAUGCUAUAGGAGAUAACCUGAUGACUGACAUCUAUGGGGCCAAUCUGUACAAUCGCUAUCUGGAAGAAAGAGCUGCUAGAAAGAACCCCAAAGCUGUUGCGAAGAUGGCGGCCACCACCGGGUCCCCCGCCGCGGUGCCCAGGGAGGAGGAGACCGACAGCCUGUGGGAAAGCGAGCUUGCGGUGCCCGCUGCUACUUCCUGUAAGUCCGUCCUGGUUUGCACAGGGGUCUACAACCCCAACGUGCACGUGCCAUCUGAUGCCAAUCGCUGCAUCAAAGAGACUGUGUUCCACGGGCACCGGGACUUCAGAUUUGACCCUGCUCUGGUGGAGCCCGGCAACAUCGUACAUGAUGUGGCAGAAGCUGUUGAGCUCAUCUUUGAGCAGGAAAAGUUUGUCCUUCACUAGAAUUUAAAAAAAAUUGAGGUUCUGUCUGGUCAUAAGGGUUUAAAUCCUAGUGUGUUACAACAUUCAGCUGGGAAGACACCACUUAAUGGAUAAACAUGUUUGAGCACAACACUGUGGACAUUGUUUAGCUGACAGGGCAUUGAUAACACAUAAUUCAUCUUCUAAACAUUCAACAUUUAGACAAACUGUGGUGUUGGUAAAUCAUGUAACUGUUACUCUCAUCUGCUCUUCUAUAUUGUUUUUGUGACUGUCUUUAACAACCAUUGAGAAACAGUAAGAACUGCCUUAUUUGACCCGACUUAGUACUUUUUUAGAUAACAGUAAUCUCUAGAUUAUUACAAAUCCCAAAACCUCCCUAUAUUUAUUGCAAGACUUUGAGGAUGUUUAUUUUUAGGACUAUUCCUUUUAACAGUUUCACUUCCGUUAUUGCAUUUUCAGACAUUUCUUCGUCCAUUUAUCAUUGCGAAUCUAUGCAUGAACAUGAGAGUAAUCCUUGUACUGUAAACCCAACUGUUUUGAUGUGCAAUAUUGUCCUCUAAUGUUACCGUCUGUCUGCAGUUUGUUGCGUUGUGCGAGCCAUGACCAGUAUUUGCACUGAUCAGACCAUCGUCUUAACUGUUACCACCUGCUCCUGCCAUAACUGUUUACUAUGACCUCAGAAUUCCUUUAAAUGCUUUCAAGUUGUCAUUCCAGAAAUAAAAUCUAACAAGAUGCUUAUUUCAAUCCCUCCAGCCUUUACUG